UCCUAUUCAAGGUGUUCAUGUAAACCAGGAAACCAGGUAUAUGCUACAGAACUCCUGGAAAUGUCUGUCAGCAGGGGAAACUGGUCUACCCUCUCCAGGCUUGCAAAACAGUGGAUUGAAGAUGAUGAAGAAGAACAAAAACGAGAAAUGAGAAGGAGACAUCGAGAUAUAAGCAACACAACUGACAGAGUAAUUGAAAUAUUACCUGAAAAUGACAAAUCCAGUCACUGUGCCAACGUGGUAACAAGCCAGAAUAGUAAAGAAGAAAAGCAAGAAAAUCCAAAUAGCAAGAAAUUUCAGAGAAAAGAUAAAAGAACAAAAAAUGAAUGUGAAAACAGUAAUGAUGGUUGCAAAGAAGAAUUUGAACAUAAGAAAACUAAUUGUAAUAAAACAUUUGGGAUUGCAAGUAAUGAAGAAGAAAGUCAGAUCCAUAGACGUUUAAUUGCUGACUUUCAAGAGCAAGAGAAACCAAACCAGAAUGACUGUAAUUCUGAUAUAAAAUGGGACAAUCUUAAUGAAAAAUGCCAGGAGCCUGUAAACUCAGAAGAAAAACAAACACCACAUGAUAUUAAUGAUGAAUCAGGUCAGGAGCCCAACAGGCAUAAAGAAAAAAAACAAUUAAUGAAAAAACAAGAUGUGCAACUAGAAGAGAUAAACAUUCAAAGGGACAAUAAUAUCCAGGAGCACAAUACAGCAAAACAUUCCACCAGCAUAAGUCUUUCUUUGGUUGAAACGCCAUCAGACUCUGAAACCAAGAGCAGCACUUUAGCUACACCAUCCACAAGUGGAAGCAACUCAUUUAAGAGCCAAGUAUUUGUCAGCUCUGUGAAAAUCCACCGCCAUCAAAUUGCCAUCACAAGUCCACCACCUAUACCUGAAGAGACAUCAGAAGAAGUCCCUCCUGCAAGAGCUGUAAAGUCUAAAGUCAUUAUUCCCUCAAUGUCAAACACAACUGAGAGUUACAAGCCGGACACGGCUUCCCAACAGACGUCAUCACCCUUCAAAAGGUUUACUCCUUUUACAAGCUCUGUUAAAAUAAUGAGAUUGCCUGAGACAGGGAGUGAGAACCAAGCACGUAGUGGUCUUAGACGCAGUUCUAGUUUAAGGCUUUCACUCCGUAAAAUAGACGAUCGAGUGGAAAAGUAUACAUCAGCAAUAAAGAAAUCAGAAAGUGUCAGAAUACCAACUUUUCAUAAGCAAGGAGUUCUUGCAGCAUCAGAUGGAAUUGUAAGCAAAAGGAGCGUCUUUGAAAAAGAAGAAAGUACUACCAGAUCAGAUACCUCCAAAAAGGAUUUAAAUCUUCCAGGAGAUGUUGCAUCUCGUAUUAACCAGUGGAGCAACAAGAUACAACAAAGUUCAAGUUCAUCUUCUGGCUCAAAAGACUUCAAAACUGUGGAUGUAGAAAGUAAAAGAAGGUUAUGGCAGCAGCGGUCUCAGUCUUCAAGUGAUACCAAGCUAUGAUCUGGCAAGAAUCAAAGAAUCUGCAAUAAAGAGAACUCCUACUCAUACAACAAAGAAGAAGACAAUGGUGUUUAAAGUGUAUUCCUUUAUAAAUUUCCGAACUGGCUUUUGUAUGAAAUUACUUAAAGUGUACCUGUCAUGAGCUUGAUAAUUUUCUUAAUCCUCCCAAUUCUCUCCUUCCAUCAUAAUAACCACCACCUGUCUUUUUUUUUUUUUAUUAUUAUUAUUAUUAUUUUUUUUUUUAUAGUUUUUUAGUUUUCUACCUUGACAUUGUUGUGUGUCUUCUGCUCA